AUGACCACGGAAGAGCACUUAAAAACAGUGUCCGUAACCUCGGAGCAGGUGGAUGAUGCUUCUUCUGAUGACUCUACCAAGCCUACUUUAUGGCGGCGGAUUGUCAACUACGUCCAAAUUGACGGUCAGUCGGAUCUCACCGCCGCUCAAUUGUACCUUUUCAACUACGAUUUGAAGCCUGUUGAGAAGGAUAGACGGUUGUGGUCGUGGUUCAAUUUUGUCUUUUUCUGGAUUGCUGACUCGUUCAAUAUCAACACCUGGCAAAUUGCAGCUACUGGAGUACAAGCCGGAAUGACCUGGUGGCAAACUUGGCUCUCUGUGUGGCUUGGGUACCUCAUGUGUGGUGUUUUUAUCACUAUUGGUGCUCGUAUUGGUGUUUUUUACCAUGUAUCCUUCCCAGUUGCAGCCAGAAGUUCGUUUGGAAUUUAUGGCAGUUUAUGGCCAAUUAUCAACCGUGUAUUCAUGUCGUUGAUCUGGUACAGCGUCCAGUGUUCUGUUGCUGGGCCUUGUAUCGAAAUCAUGUUGAGAGCCAUUUUCUCCAAAAACUUGUACGAGAAAAUCGGCAGUGACAAUUCCGAGUUUUUGGGAUUCUUUUUGUUCUGGUUGUUCUCAUUGCCGGCAAUCUGGUUCCCUCCUCAUCAAAUCAGACACUUGUUCACCUUUAAGGCAUACGUUGUUCCGGUUGCUGGUAUCACAUUCUUGAUCUGGACCCUAAUCAAAGCUCAUGGUGCUGGACCUGUCAUCCACAAAAAGUCCGAAAAAGAAGGCUCCGAAUUAGCUUGGCUCUUUGUGGAAUCAACCAUGAAUGCUUUGGCCAAUUUUGCAACUUUGAUCGUAAAUGCACCUGAUUUUGCUCGUUUUGCCGACAAGCCUUCGUUCGGAAUCAAAUAUUUGGUCCACACUGUUUCCGUGCCAUUAUGUUUUUCCAUAACAGCCUUGAUUGGUAUUUUGGUAGGUUCAGCAUCCGAAGUUCUUUAUGGCGAACCAACAUGGUCUCCAUUGGAUGUUUUGGACAAUUUCCUCAACAACUACACUCCAGGAAACAGAGCUGGUUCUUUCUUCCUUGCAUUGGCGUUUGCGUUGGCCCAAUUGGGUACCAAUAUCUCAGCCAAUUCGUUGUCUUUUGGAACCGAUGUCACGGCAGUUCUUCCCAGAUUUCUCAACAUUAGAAGAGGUGGAUACAUUUGUGCCAUUCUUGCUUUGGCGAUUUAUCCAGCCAAAUUAAACUCUUCGGCGAGUAAAUUCACCACCUACUUGUCAGCUUACUCGGUAUUCUUGUCGUCAAUUGCCGGUGUCGUUGCUUGUGACUACUUCUUUGUCAGACGUGGUUACAUCAAGUUGUCUCACCUUUAUUCACUUUUCGCUCCAGAAGAUCCUUCCCAGCCCUCUGUCUACAAGUACAAUAAAGUUGGAAUCAACUGGAGAGCAUUUGUGGCUUACCUUUGUGGUAUUGUUCCCAAUAUAACUGGGUUUGUUGGUGCAGUUCGUCCAGACGAGAACAUUCCUAUUGGAGCAACAGAAGUUUAUCGUCUCAAUUUUUUCAUGGGUUUCUUCUCGUCCUUUAUCAUCUACGCUACUCUAGUACAUUUUUUCCCCAUUCCUGGCACUCCAAGCAUCAAAACGUUUGAGAAAGGAUGGUUCGAGGAAUGGCAGGAGGUGGAAGAUUUUGAAGAUGAAAUCAGAGGCCACGUUGUUCACGAGGGCAUUGAAAAGUCUAUGUCGUUUACUUCGGGGUCUGCUUCCAGAAAAUACGUAUAG